CGGGCCAUACUUGCAACUGAACACAGAAAUGUGCGGAAAAAUAUAGAACACGGGAAAUCAAGAAAAAUACCAAAAGAAAAACACAUUCGAAACAAUUGAAUAUAAAGUAUUGAAACAAAAGUGAAACAAGUGAAAAAAUUGAAAAUAAAAUUGGAAAACAAAAGAAAAAAUUUAAAUUUUAAAUAUUAUUGGCCUAUUAAAAUAACAUAUCAUGGCCAGACAAGGCCUUUUUUAUUAAAAAUUAAAAACGAAGAAAGGAAAAUAUGGAAAAGUGCGUAAGAAUUGAAAUCAAAUAAAUAUUUCUUAGUUUGUAUACAAUAAAAGGAAUUUAAGAAAAAUUCAACGAAAAAUGUUCUCGAAAGAAUAUUUAGUGCAUAUCAAGUUUUAUACAGUUUUCAAAAGCAAAAGGAAAUCAAAAAUAUUUUUGUAAUAAAAUCAUUUUUAAGAAAAAAAACCAAAGAAAAUAUAAAAUUGUGUGUAUCUAAAGGAAACAAAUUUUAAAAAAGAAAAAGUAAAAUCAAUUAAAAGAAAUAAAAUUCCAAAUUCAUCCACCUGUAUCUGUAAAUCUAUGAGUGUGUGUUUUAUUUGUAAGAGUGUUUGAGUAAAAAUCUAUAGCUGUGUCUACUACACACAAGAGAUACACAAAGAAAAAGUGACGUCAUAUAUACACAUUUGCCAAAAUACAACAACUACAAUACUAACUAGGAAAGAAAAUAAAUAAAAAUAUAAAUUUUUAAUUUAAUUUGUUUAUAACAAUUUAUUUGUUUAGAAAAAAUUAACAAAAAAAACAAAUUCUAUACGAAAUCAUAAAUUUUCUAACGGCUUUUCAAAUGGAAAACAAAUAUCUAAAAUAUGCAUUUAAAUUUUUCAACAACCUUAAUCGUAUGAUUUAAAUUUAUAAAAAUAAAUAAAUAUUUUACUUAACUGCCUCUAACAACAAACAGAUCUUAGUGAAAUUUCAUAAAAAAGCACUUAAUAUUUUUAAACAAAUUAUUUAAAAAAAACCAAAAGAUUUGAAAUACAUACUUGUUGGAUUGCUCACUAGCAUCAUCAAUAUCAUCAUCAUUAUCAUCAUUAUCUUCAGCAGCAAUAGAAAAAUGUUCCUAUCUUCUCUAUUUAGCGUAAAACUAAACAAAAAAUUAUUUAAAAAUUUUUGUUGUGCUCUCAUCUCUCCUUAAAAUUUUAUAAAAAAAUUUUCAAAUUAAUUUGUAUGUGAAAGUAAAAGUAUUUGUAUUGGAUUUAUAAGUGUAUCGAAAAUCUUACGAAAAAAAGAUAAAUCAAUAAAAUUUUUCAUCAAUAUUUUGAUUGAACACUGCCAGCAGUUGGAGUUAAACGUACAUAGAAAUAUUUUUCCCGUUUUCAAGAUUAAAAUGAAAAUAUUAUGCAUCGAAUAGAAAUGAAAAUCUAAAGAUAAAUAAUGGUCAAUUUGAUGCCAAAUGACAGACAAGCAAAACAGCUGACAAAAUUUCUAUUGUGAAAAAAUCACCUCAAAGAAAACAAUAAGAACAACAACAACAAUAAAAAUAAGAAAAGAAAAAAACAAUAAUGUUUUAUUAACGAGAAAUCAAAAGAUAUUAAAAAAAUCAUAAAUUUACUUUUCAAAACAAUAACAACAACAUCCCAAGAAAUCAUAAACAAAACAACAUAAAUACAAAAACAAACAGUUGAUCCACCAUACAAACAAACAAAUAAACAAACUGUCAGACAGAGAGACAGAUAGACGGAUACAAGAAAUUCCAUUUCAUACACACACAUACAUACAGCUUUAAAUGAAAAAGAACUUGUGGAAUGAAUGAGCGUAAAUCAGUAAAGAAAAACAAAGUGUAAUUACAAAAUUACAAUUGAAUUGAGAGUGGAAAUUGUAAGCAAAAAAUAAAAAGGAAAAGCCAAUAACAAACAAUUAAAACGGCUGAGAGAUGAUGUUUACACGCGCCCAAGUGCGCAAACAAAAAUCAAAUGGUAGCAGUAGCUCGGGAGGCAGCAAUCAACGCCAAAAACCCACACGCAGCCAACAGCAAAAACAGCAGGAACAACAACAAUAUGCUUAUGAUAAUCGCUACAAACCAUCAAAUUACCCAGCAGGUAGCAGUAAUUCAUCGGUAGUGGCAAGCAGCAUUUGCAGCAGUAACAUCAACAGCGGCACCGUACGUAUACGUGAACGUGAUCGGGAUUGCAAUUCUAGCACUGCCGAUCGUAGCAGUGGUUAUUAUAGUGAUCACUAUAGUGGUAGUAAUGCUUCUCUCGUGCCCCAUCACAGUCGUUACUCCAGCUAUGAAUUGCCCCGCCAACAUUCAAAAGAAGAUUCAUAUUCACCGCAUCGUCCGUAUUUGGAGAGAAAUGCCACGUAUUUGGUUGAUCGCAGAACUAGACCGCGCAGCAUUACAAAUCGCCGUGGCGCGAUCAAGCAUCAAAAAACUCAUGAAAUCAAUGGUCAUCGUUUUGUGGCGAAAUUUUUUCGCCAACCCACAUUUUGUGCCUUUUGUAAUCUGUUCCUUUGGGGUUUUGGCAAACAGGGCUAUCAGUGUAUAACUUGCCAAACUGUUGUACAUAAAAAGUGCCAUGAAAAACUAUUGGGUAAAUGUUCGGGUUCCGUUUUUGAUUCAGCAAGUACUAUACUGCUGCGUGAAAGAUUUAAAAUCGAUAUGCCACAUCGUUUUAAGCCUCAUACAUUUAUGUCACCGACUUUCUGUGAUCAUUGUGGUUCAAUAAUGGGUGGAUUUUUUAUACAAGGACUGAAAUGUGAAGAGUGUGACGUUAAUUGUCACAAAAAAUGUGAACGUCUAACGGCCAAUCUGUGUGGCGUCAAUCAGAAAUUAAUUGUAGAAGCCCUCGCAAAUGUUAAAAGAGGUGCCCGUGAAACCCGUGAUUCUCCCAGUACACCUCCAAGUUCAAAUCCUGCUUAUAAAAUUGAAGCCGCUGAAGAACAAGAUGAAACUUCAUACACAUAUUCACAAUUCCAAAAAUCCGGACGUUUUACACCGCCAGCAACAAUAAUACCUAGAUUUAAGAAUUAUACAGUAGAUGAUUUUCAUUUCCUAGCUGUGCUAGGCAAGGGAAGUUUUGGCAAAGUACUUUUAGCUGAAUUACGUGAUACAACUUAUUAUUAUGCCGUUAAAUGUUUGAAAAAAGAUGUUGUACUCGAAGACGAUGAUGUCGAUUCAACACUAAUAGAACGUAAAGUUUUGGCCUUGGGUACAAAGCAUCCGUAUUUGUGUCACCUGUUCUGUACAUUUCAAACGGAGAGCCAUUUAUUCUUUGUUAUGGAAUAUCUCAAUGGCGGUGAUUUAAUGUUCCACAUACAAGAAAGCGGUCGUUUUACCGAAGAAAGAGCCCGAUUCUAUGGUGCGGAAAUUGUAUCGGGUCUGAAAUUUUUACAUAAAAAGGGCAUUAUAUACAGAGAUCUCAAAUUGGAUAAUGUUUUAUUAGACUAUGAGGGUCAUGUGCGUAUAGCUGAUUUUGGUAUGUGUAAAUUACAAAUCUAUUUGGAUAAAACAGCGGAUAGUUUUUGUGGUACACCCGAUUAUAUGGCGCCUGAAAUUAUUAAGGGCGAUAAAUAUAAUCAAAAUGUUGAUUGGUGGUCCUUUGGUGUUUUAUUAUAUGAAAUGCUUAUUGGUCAAUCACCCUUUAGUGGUUGUGAUGAAGAUGAACUAUUUUGGUCUAUAUGCAAUGAAUUGCCUUGGUUCCCAGUUUAUAUAUCGGCAGAGGCAACAAGUAUAUUAAAAGGGCUUUUGGAAAAAGAUUAUACGAAACGUAUUGGAUCUCAGUAUAGUCCUGCUGGCGAUAUUGUUGAGCAUAUAUUCUUUAGACCCAUUGACUGGAAUCUGUUAGAGAAACGGCAAAUUGAACCACCAUUUAGACCACAAGUGAAACAUCCAUUGGAUACACAAUAUUUUGAUCGUGUGUUCACCCGAGAACGUGUACGUUUAACACCCAUAGAUAAGGAUAUAUUACAAUCUAUGGAUCAGAAACAGUUCCUAGGUUUUACAUAUACAAAUCCUCAUAUAACAUUGGAUUAAGCAUGGCCCUGUACAAUGCCCAAUUAGAGAAUAACAACGAUAAACCUCGUCUUACUUUUCGAUAAAAUUUUUUCAAUGGAAAACAAAAAUUGUAUUUUAUAAAGAAUAUAAAGCCUUUUAGUAAAAGGUGACCUCC